UCCAAUUCAUCAACACCAACGAGAACCAGAAGCAGGACGUCUUCAUUUACAGAUCAGCUGGACGAAGGUAUACCCAACAGAGAGAAUGCAUCCAUCCAUGCUGCGAAAUCUCCCGACAGUGUUAACGGAAGUGAACCUCCUACUCCCCAGUCAGGUGACACUCAGUCUUUUGCACAGAAGCUCCAGCUCCGAGUACCCUCUGUGGAGUCUCUGUUUCGAAGUCCUAUAAAGGAAUCCAUAUUCCGAUCUUCCUCUAAAGAGUCCUUGGUGCGAACGUCUUCUCGAGAGUCCCUGAACCGACUUGACCUGGACUGUUCGCCGUCCAUCUUCGAUCCACCAUCAGACAUGGAGAGUGAAGCCGAGGACUCGCUGGGGAGCUCAGACGGGCUGAGCAAAGAGCAGUUAACGCAGCGACUGCGAAGAAUGGAGCGAAGCCUAAGUAGCUACAGAGGAAAAUAUUCUGAGCUUGUUACUGCUUAUCAGACUCUUCAGAGAGAGAAGAAAAAGCUACAAGGUAUAUUAAGUCAGAGUCAAGAUAAAGCGCUUCGGAGGAUUGGAGAACUAAGAGAGGAGCUCCAAAUGGACCAGCAAGCGAAGAAGCACCUGCAGGAGGAGUUUGAUGCGUCUUUAGAGGAGAAAGAUCAGUAUAUCAGUGUUCUCCAGACUCAGGUUUCUUUGCUAAAACAUCGAUUGCAAAAUGGCCCAAUGAGUGCUGAUUUACCUAAACCGCUACCCCAGGAGGAUGCCCCGGCUGACGUCACUAAAGAGAACAUGGAGAGUAACGUUCAGGCAGUAGUAACAGGAAAUGAAGCUUCUUCGAAAACACUGGAAACACUUCAGCAAAGAGUUAAGCGUCAAGAAAAUCUACUUCAACGUUGUAAGGAAACGAUCCAGUCGCAUAAGGAGCAAUGUGUUCUGUUAACCAGCGAGAAAGAAGCCCUGCAAGAACAGCUUGACGAAAGACUUCAAGAGCUAGAAAAGAUGAAGGAGCUUCAUAUGGCUGAGAAGACUAAGCUUAUCACUCAGUUGCGUGAUGCAAAGAACUUAAUUGAACAGCUUGAACAAGAUAAGGGGAUGGUAAUAGCCGAGACGAAACGUCAGAUGCACGAAACCCUGGAGAUGAAAGAAGAGGAGAUCGCCCAGCUUCGUACGCGCAUCAAACAGAUGACAACCCAGGGAGAGGAGUUACGGGAACAGAAAGAAAAGUUUGAGAGAGCUGCUUUUGAGGAACUUGAAAAAGCCUUGAGUACAGCCCAGAAAACAGAAGACGCACGGAAGAAAAUGAAGGCAGAAAUGGACGAACAAAUCAAAGCCAUUGAGAAAACGAGCGAGGCAGAGCGUGUCAGCCUUCAGCAGGAGUUAAGUCGAGUCAAACUGGAAGUUGUGGACAUAAUGAAAAAAUCCUCCGAAGAGCAAAUUGCUAAGCUGCAGAAGCUUCAUGAGACAGAGCUGGCCAGCAAAGAGCAGGAGCUGACCAGGAAGUUAGAAGCUCGAGAGAAGGAGUUUCAGGAGCAGAUCAGAGCAGCUCUGGAAAAGAGUCAGUCAGAAUAUUUGAAGAUCACCCAAGAAAAAGAACAGCAAGAAUCUUUGGCCCUGGAAGAGCUCGAGUUGCAGAAAAAAGCAAUUCUCACAGAGAGUGAAAAUAAACUUCGGGACCUUCAGCAAGAAGCAGAGACUUACAGAACUAGAAUUCUUGAAUUGGAGAGUUCUUUGGAAAAAAGCUUACAAGAAGGCAAAAAUCAAUCAGAAGAUUUAGCUGUCCAUUUGGAAGCUGAAAAAAAUAAGCACAAUAAAGAAAUCACAGUCAUGGUUGAGAAACACAAGGCAGAACUGGAAAGUCAGCAGCAGCAGCAGGAAAACCUUUGGAGUGAAAAACUGCAAGCCCUAAAGCAGGAGCAUCAAACAGAAAUGGAAAAACUUAGGGAAAAGUAUGAACAAGAAAAGGAAACAUUGUUGAAAGACAAAGAGAGCCUCUUCCAGGCCCACAUAGAAGAGAUGAAUGAAAAGACUUUAGAAAAGCUUGAUGUGAAACAAACAGAACUGGAAUCCUUAUCUUCUGAACUGGCUGAUGUGUUGAAAGCCCGUCACCAGCUAGAAGAAGAAGUCUCUGUACUAAAGGAUCAGGCAGAUACAAUGAAGCAGGACUUAGAGUCCAAACUGGACAAACAGAGAAAUCAUCACCAGCAACAAGUUGACAGCAUCAUUAAAGAAAAAGACAUAUCAAUCCAGAGAACUGAGAAAGCUUUAAAAGAGGAAAUUAAUCAACUUGGGCUUCUUCUAAAGGAAAAAGAGCAGCAUUUGAAAGAGCAGCAGGCCCAUGUGGAUCACUUGGAGGCCGACCUGAAGAGGGCUGAAGCUGAGCUCCAGCAGGCCUCUGCGAAGCUGGAUCUUUUCCAGUCGAACCAGAGGACCUCACACGAGCAGGCAGAGGCAUAUGAGGAGCAGUUAACUCAGCUGCAGAAAAAGGUUUUGGAUUUAGAAACAGAAAGACUUCUUCUUACCAAACAGGUUGCUGAAGUUGAAACACAAAAGAAGGAUGUUAGUACUGAGUUAGACGCUCAUAAAAUCCAGGUGCAGGACUUACUGCAACAACUUGAAAACCAGAACAGCGAAAUGGAACAGAAAGUCAAGUCCAUGACCCAGCUCUACGAGGCUAACCUUAAAGAUUGUGACACUGAGCGGGAACAGACAAAGCAAAUCCUGAUGGAGAAGGAAAGUGUCAUUUCCCAAAUGAGAGAUGGACAGAGCAAAGAAAUGGAGAUGCUGACACAGGAAUUAUCAGCCAAGGAGGACAGCAUUCGGGUUUUGCGUGAGAACUAUGAAACCAAACUUAAAAACCAAGAAAAAAAGAUGGAAAAAGUUAAGCAGAAAGCAAAGGAGAUGCAAGAAACACUAAAGAAGAAAUUGUUGGAUCAGGAAGCCAAACUUAAAAAAGAGCUUGAAAAUACUCUUCUCGAGCUUAGUCAGAAGGAGAAACAGUUCAAUGCCAAAAUACUGGAAAUGGCACAGGCUAACUCGACUGGAAUCAGUGACGCCGUGUCGAGACUGGAAACGAACCAGAAGGAGCAAAUCGAAAGCCUUACUGCGGCGCACCAGCGAGAACUCAGUGAUGUCACCUUAACCUGGGAACAGAAACUCAAUCAGCAAGCUGAAGAACUUCAGGAGAAACUGGAAAUUCAGUUACAGGGAAAAGAAGAAGAGGUGGCAGAACUCAAACAAAAGAUCCUCUUGCUUGGGUGUGAAAAAGAAGAGGCCAACAAGGAAAUAGCCUGGCUCAGGGAAGAAGGAAGUAAGCAGGCGAUAGUGGUAAGUGAAUUACAGGAAGAGUUAAAACAGAAGUCUGCUCAUUUGAAUUCUCUCUCACAAAGUCAAAGUAGCCUGAAAGCCCAAGUUGAAAAGCUGGAGGUUGACCUGAACCAUUCUCUGAAGGAAAAGACUUGUCUUCAAGAGCAACUCGUUGAAUUCAAGACACUGGCAGAACAAGAUAAGCUUAAGGCUUCUGAGUUGACUGAGAAGUUGAAGGCCACGGCUGAGGAAUUGCAGAGCUUGAAAUCUCUGCAUGAAGAAAGUAAGAAAAGCCUAGAAGACAAAAGCUUGGAGUUCAAGAGACUGUCCGAGGAACUGGCAGUACAGCUAAAUAGUUACUGUAAGAAGACAGAAGCCUUAUUGCAUGCUAAAACAGAUGAGCUCGUGAGCAUUAGUAACAGCAAAAUCAAUGUUAUCCUCUCAAAAAUUUCCCGUUUUCAACAACAUACAAGUAAAGUUAAGGAAUCUCUAGUAGUUCAAUCUUGCAGGGUGUCUGAAUUGGAAGCACAACUUAGACAGUUAACAGAAGAGCAGAAUGCGCUUAAGAGUUCUUGUCAACAGGCUACUCAUCACUUAGAAGAAAAAGAAAACCAGAUUCAGAGCCUGAAGGCUGAUAUUGAGGGACUUGUAACAGAAAAAGAGGCCUUGCAGAAGGAAGGUGGCAAUCAGCAACAGGCCGCCUCUGAAAAGGAGUCUUGUAUCACACAACUGAGGAAAGAGUUGUCCGAAAACAUCAAUGCUGUCACGCUGAUGAAGGAAGAGCUGAAAGAAAAAAAAUCGGAGAUCAACAACCUUAAUAAGCAGCUAUCCGAUGUGAACGACCAGCUGCAGAACAGUAUAAGCCUGACAGAACAAGAAGCAGCCAUUUCCUCACUGAGUAAGCAGUACAAAGAGGAACAAAGAAGAUUGCUGGAACAGGUGCAGGAUUUAUCUGUGAAGGUUGAGACUUUGAGUAAAGAGAAGCUGUCUGCUCUUGAACAGGUAGAUAACUCCUCCACCAAAUUCUCAGAAUGGAAGAAGAAGACACAGUCGAAACUCACACAGAACCAGAAUGUUACUAAAGAGCUACAGAUGCAGCUGGAAUUAAAAACCAGAGAGGCGAGUGAAAAGGACGAGCAGAUAAAUGUACUAAAGGAGAAUCUUGCCCAGCAAAAUAAAAGAUUUGAAUGUUUAAAGGGGGAAAUGGAAGACAAGAAGAGUCAGAUGGAGAAAAAGAAGUACAAUCUAGAGACUGAGUUAAAAACUCAAACGGCAAGAAUUGUGGAGUUAGAGGAACUUCUUACUCAGAAAACAGUCGAAAUGGAAUCCUUAAAUGAAGUCCUUAAAAAUUCCAAUCAGCAGAAGGAUAUUGAACAGAAGGAGUUGUUUCAGAAACUUCAGCACAUUCAAGAGUUAGGGGAAGAGAAAGACAACAGGGUUCUAGAAGCGGAAGAGAAGGUCUCAAGACUUGAAAAGCAAGUGUCUUCCAUGAAAUCCGAGCUCGAGACUAAGAAUAAAGAUUUAGAGCGUGUGAAUUCCAGUUUGAAAAGCAAAGAAGAGGAAUUAAAGGCACUGGGGGAGAGACUGGAAUUGGAAAGUGCUUCCAAGCUGGGAGAACUGAAGAAAAAAGCUGAACAGAAAAUAGCUGCCAUUAAGAAACAGUUGUUAUCUCAAAUGGAACACAAAGAGCAGCAAUAUAAAAAGGACACUGAGAGCCGCCUAAGUGAGCUUAGUGCCAAAUUGCAGCAAAGAGAGAAGGAAGUUCUCAUUUUGGAAGAAAAACUCAACUCAAUAGAAAGUUCGCAAUCUGAAACCCCACUUGUACGCACCUUAGCCCAGAACGUGGCAGUCUGUGCCACGCAAGAAGUGGAUGAAGAGAAAAGGAGCGUUUUACAAAGGAAUUUCUCUGAAAAAGAAAAACUGUUAGAGAAGCUAGAGCAGGAAAAACAAGAAGCUGUGUCUUCUCAUUCUGAAAUGCAGUGCAAACACCAGGAGCUCUUAAUAAAACUAGAACAGGCUGAAAAGCAGCAACAUGAAGAUAAAGCUCUGAUAGAGCAGCUUAAGGAAGAACUUGAAACAAAAACCAGGAACUGUUCCUUGAUAGAAUCCCAGCCUGUGGAAGGAGAUGAGGAAAAAUCCAUGGAGGCAAAGCACAGAUUGGAAAAUGAGGUUGGCGAUGUCCAGCAGGGUCUCCGGGAGAAGGAACUGGCCUGUCAGGUGCUGGAGCAGAAGCUGCAAGAGCUGGAGUCCUGCCUAGUGAGAGAGCAGGAGGUCCAUCGAGCUGAGAUGCAAGCGCUGACCUCAAAAUACAACAAAUUACAGGCCUUACAGCAGCAGGCGGGUGGAAUCAAGAAUCCCACAGGCGUUCUGGAGGAAAGUGUGGCAAACAAGUCAGAAGCAGACGACGUCCCGCCCGAAUUGCUCAAGACGGAGGCCCAGCACCACGACCUGGAAUUGAAGUUAGCAGGGGCUGAGAAGGAGAAGCAGAGACUGGGCAAGGAGGUCACGAAAUUGCAGAAGGACCUUCGGAUGCUGCGGAAGGAGCAUCAGCAGGAGCUGGAGAUUGUAAAGAAAGAGUGCGAACAGGAAAUGCAAGAGAAAAUCAAACAGGAGCAAGAAGAUCUCGAGUUGAAACAUAAUUCUAAGUUAAAACAGCUGAUGAGAGAGUUUAAUACACAGCUCGCCCAGAAGGAGCAGGAGCUGGAAGCCACCAUCAAAGAAACCAUCAGUAAGGCCCAGGAGGUGGAGGCGGAACUGCUGGAGAACCAUCAGGAAGAGACAAGUCAGUUACACAGAAGGAUUGCCGAGAAAGAAGACGACCUGAGAAGAACAGCCAAAAGAUACGAAGAAAUCCUCGAUGCCCGUGAAGAAGAAAUGACUGCGAAAGUUCUGGACUUACAGACUCAGCUUGAGGAACUGCAGAAGGCGCAUCAGCAAAGGCAGCAGGAGAGCCCUGGCGAGGAUAACACACAAUUAGCACAGAAGACUACUCUUAUCAGUGACUCGAAGUUGAAAGAGCAGGAGUUCAAAGAACAGAUCCACAAUUUACAAGACCGUUUAAAGAAAUAUGAGAAGAAUGUCUAUGCAACAGCUGUGGGGACACCUUAUAGAGGUGGCAAUAUACACCACGCUGAGGUCUCACUCUUUGGAGAACCUACUGAAUUUGAGUAUUUGCGGAAAGUCCUUUUUGAGUAUAUGAUGGGUCGGGAGACUAAGACAAUGGCUAAAGUUAUAACUACUGUACUGAAGUUCCCUGAUGAUCAGACUCAGAAAAUUCUGGAAAGAGAAGAUGCCCGGCUGACGUCAUGGCUUCGAUCUUCUUCUUGA